AUGCCUAGAUUCUCAGUUGCCUUUGCUAGGCGGAAAAGCACCGCAGACGACAUCGAAAAUGCCGAGGUAACGCCACCUGGACAAUCUUCGUUUAGAGUUUUGGAGCGACACGACUAUUCGGGCGUCAAAUCGUUUGACGGAGGGGCGAAGAUGGCAAAAUCCACUGGAGCCCUGCUCCCCAAGCCUGAUUAUCAGGCAGACGACAACAUGUUCUCUGAUAUGAAGGCUAACCGUGGCAGCGGCUUGUCCAACACCACGCACACCACGUCUACCGACACGUCUUCACGCCACAGCAAUGCAUCGACAGCUCCGUCGUCGGCCGACUUCAGUGGAGGCAACUUGUUCCACGAUGACCAUCGAAAUGGACCACCCAAGAGUUCGUCAUCGGAUAUGCAUGGCCGUGGGAAUUCCAACAAAUCCAUCGGAUCCAAAUUCUUAGAUCGGGCUGGCCGUACCUUUUCGUUUGGUGGACAGAAAAAACACACUAUCCCCCCACCCCUGGAGGACCCUCUUAUGCCGGACUUGCCGCCACCUAUGCCCAUCAUGGCUGAACCAGGACGCACUGGAUCUAGAGGUACGACUACAUAUACGCAGGCCCCAACCAUUCCCCGCAAACCAGCUCCCCGUAAUACCAAUGUUCUAGACCUUGGUAGUGACUUUGGAUCAAUGUUUUCAGGAUCAGGUUUCGAUAAGAGAGCAAGCAUGGCUACGCUCAAGAACGACGACUUGGCUUCUCCCCGGCUCCUCACAGGCAACCCUCAAGGCCAACCAUUCCCACGCAGCCCGGAUACAGCGACACCAGCUGAGCCGUUGCUCAGCUCGUGGAAUACACCGAAAUCCAACGUGAUUGUUGAUGAUUAUUCAUCGGACAAGAGCGCCUCACCAACAUACGAGAGCCCCCCGCGAGUCCCGGCCCAUUCAUCGCCACGGUAUCAUCCGGAUGAGGCACAAGACGACGAGGAUGCGCAGCUCCUGCAAGAAACUUAUACUGCUAUUCAGCUUCUUUCAGCCGAAGAUGAUGAGUUUGAUGAAAACCCACAGCAGGGGCGAUACCGGCGGGAGGAGGAUAAUUUUUCGGUGACUCCACGAGCCAAGCCUGCUCCUAACCCCAACUCUGGAAAGAAUGGAGACGGCAUGCAUGAUGCCAACAGGGCUCGAUUCUCGAAGCCGAACAUUCGAUAUGUUCCCCCGGAUGGAGCACCUCGGAACAAGGUGAUGACCCCGGCUGAAUUCGAAAAGUACCGAGAGGACAAGAUUCGCCAUGAUAGAACGAACAGCACGUCGAAGGAUGACGAUGAUGAGGAUAUCAACUACGAGGAUGAAGAGGAUGAGGUUGAAAAAUCUAAGCAGCAAGCAAAGCAGAGACGGAAGCAGGAGGCCCACAUGGCUGUGUAUCGGCAGCAGAUGAUGAAGGUUACUGGCGAAACCACUCCGACAAAUGGAUUGGGCAUCCCAACCUCAAUGAGCGCACCACAGCUUGGCCAUGUGAAGACACCUUCGCUUGACCCGGCAGCGGCACCACCACCCAUGCUAGCACCCGCAACUGCCAUAUCUGGCGCGUCUGACGAGGGCGAUGAUGACGAGGAGAUCCCGCUCGCCAUUUUGCAGGCACAUGGGUUUCCCAACAAGAAUCGACCCCCAACCAGGCUCAGCACGAUGGGAUCAAACCCUAACCUCCGAGCCUCAACAAUGCUCAUGCCGGGGCGCCCAUCAUCGGCUAUGGGAGAAUCUGCUGCUUCCCGACGCCACUCCACCCUCCCGGCCUUUGCCCGAAACUUGCCCCAGGACCCUUUUAUCGGAGCAAGCAUUGCUCAGCCGGCCCUUCGGGAGUCUCUAUCCUUCAAUGAUAUGGGUAUGGGUCCUAAGCCACCGUCACCGCUACCUCCUGGAGGUCUUGUUGGCGUAAUUGCCAGCGAGGAGCGACAGAGAGCGAUGCGACGUGGAAGUCCAAGUGUCGAUCCGUCAAGACUCAUGGGUAGUGGCUACAAUACUCCUGUAGGUAUGGGCGGUAUGGGCGGUAUGGGAGGUAUGGGAGGUGGAAUGCCCGGCAUGAUGCCUCCUAUGAUGCAGCCGCCAAUGCUUAGUGCUGGCGACCAAGCUCAGCUCCAGAUGACGCAGCAGAUGUCGCAGUUUAUGCAGAUGCAGAUGCAAUUCAUGCAAAUGAUGGCCGCGAAUCAAAACGGUGGUGUGCCGCAGCAGCAGCAGCCGCCGUUCCAGCAGCCCUAUGGCAGUUUGAUGGGCAAUCAAUCCAUGGUUGACAUUUCUUCUCGCAACUCCAUGAUUGGCGAGCAGACUCUGGAACCUCGCCGUGGCGACUACGGUAGUAUGCGGACGAUGAGCAUGGUUCAGCCCAGCUCGGCGCCGAUGGCACACCCUGGAUACGCCGGAUCUAUUCGAUCAUCCAUCCAUGGGUAUACGCCAUCGAUUGCGCCGUCAGAGCGGAGCAACAUUGGUCUCCCCAAUCGUUAUAGACCCGUUUCACAAGCCGUGGGCCCUCCCGGACUUGGCCAUCUGCAGUCGCAGUCGUUCUCAGGUGCCCUGUCUGUCUUGGCUGACAACAAGAACCGGACGUCGAUGAGGAUUGUAAACAAGUCGGCCUCCGAUGACGAUGAUGACGAAGAGGGCUGGGAGGCGAUGAAGAACAAGAGAGACAAGAAGCGGUCUCUCUGGAGAAGCAAAAAGAAUUUGAGCUCA